AUGAAAUCCGCCGCUGGCGUUCUGUUUUUUGCGCCGGCUCUUAUCCUCGCCGCUGUACUUACGGAUCCCGUAGUCCCCAGGGACAUAUUUCUAGGCACCUGCCAGAACCAUGGUAAUUUCGUCCAAUGCCAAGGUAGACUUCCUAAUAGCAAACAAUUCGGCCGAGCUUGCACCGAUGGAUCUUGCAAGGACCACAGGGGGUGGGGUUGUAAUCUUAGUACGAAUGUUAACCCAUGGCGCGUCGUCUGCCCUGGUGCCGAAUAA